GACCCAUCUGUUCCUAUAGUGGCAGAUAAAGAGAGAGUGAGAGGAAGGACGGACGCAGAGGAGGAGGAGGAGGAGGAUGAGGAAGUGGAAUACUGCAUAGAGUCUGGAUGUUUCCCGUCAUCCGCUGACUGCUUUCACUCAUUCAUGCCGUAGUGACCCUGAUGUCAAGGGUUGGAGAAUAACCUCAGACUCCGAUGGAUUUACAAAAGAUUGUUUAUGCAAAAAUAUGCAGCCAAGAUGAAGAUGUGGAUUCUUUUUCUGUGCCUGAGCAAUGGAUGGAUGCAAACAGCCUCUUGUGCUGAUAUAACCCCCACACCCUCCUCUGCACCAGUGACACCCACUGAAGAUGAGGGCACCCAACUGGUGGAUUGGUUGAUGAAGUAUGGCUACCUCCCACCCUCAGACCCCUCCACUGGUCAGCUGCAGGCCUGGACAGCUGUCACUGAUGCUGUCAGGGCCAUGCAGAGGUUUGCAGGCCUCAAAGACACUGGAGUUGUAGACAAAGAGACAAUGGCGUUGAUGAACAGUCCACGCUGCUCCCUACCUGACCAGGACGACCCAUCCAAAUCACCGGCCAACCAAGAGGGGAGCGACAUGAGGAGCAGGAGGAGAAGGGCUACCUCCAUGUGGACACGCAGGAACAUUAACUGGAGGUUGCGUUCUUACCCGUCCUCUUCCCAUCUGUCCCGGGAAAUGAUUCGCUCCCUGGUCUUUUAUGCUUUGAGAGUGUGGGCAGAGCCAACGCCGCUGGAGUUCCACGAGGUGGGCAGCCCAGAGGCAGCUGACCUACAGGUAGACUUCCUCCAUGGUUACCACGGUGAUGGCUAUCCCUUCGACGGGGCAGGCGGUGCAGUUGGCCAUGCUUUCUUCCCAUCAGACCCUGCCCGGGCAGGAGGAGUUCAUUUGGAUGCAGAGGAGGAGUGGGCCUUCAGACAGCCAGCCUCUGAGGGUACCGACCUGUUCACAGUGCUGGUCCAUGAGUUUGGCCAUGCACUGGGCCUCGCUCACUCCUCAUCUCGCCACUCAGUGAUGAGGCCGUACUACCAGGGUCCUGCUGGAGACCCUCUCCACUACCGCCUGGGACCACAAGAUCUGGAGCACAUCACCCAGCUCUAUGGUAAAAGGAACCAGCUGCUGACCACUGAUGCUCCUCGCCUCGCUCCAGAGCCUCAGCUGCGCCACAGAGGCCGCCACCAUCAUCACCACAGAUAUGGCCCCUUCAUAGAUCGCUGUAACACCAGUUUUGAUGCUGUGGCAAGGAUCCGAGGAGAGACCUUCUUCUUCAAAGGUCUGACCAUGUGGCGGGUCAACGGUGGGGGCUUGGUAUCGGGGCGCGGGGCGUCAGUCAGAAGGCUCUGGAGGGGUCUACCUCCUGACCUGCCUCGGCUUCACGCUGUGCUGGAGAGACAGUCAGAUCAUGCCAUCAUCUUUAUUAGUGGUUCCCAGUUCUGGCUGUUCAGGGAUCUCUCCCUGCAGGAAGGCUGCCCUCAGGCCCUGUCUGCCCUCAGGAUGGGGGUGAACGUAGCUGGAGAUGAGGAGGAGGCAGCAGCAGGGAGGUGGGGUCUGGUCUGGGACCCAGAGGAGGGUCCUAUGUGGGGGAACGUGGGAGACGCUGAGGAAGAGAAGCAAGAAGACACCUGGACCCAGCUGCUCAGAGAGGGCGUCAGUGGCAUCACCACCGACAGCGAUGGCUCUGUCUAUCUCUUCAAAGGAGACUCCUACUGGAAGUUCACGUUUCCAGGCUCCUCGCUGCAGGACGGAUACCCACGAUCCUCUACUGCAGACUGGCUGGACUGUCCCGACUCCUCCUCAUCCUCACCUGUGGUGGACGACCUCUCUUUGUCUCUGUCUCCGCCUGCAGGAAGACAGGAGCUCAGGGAGAAAUGGGGGGAGGAGAGAGAGAAGGAGGAAGAAGGAGGAGGGAGGAAGGACCAUGGUAGGGACAGACAUGGACAUAAACAUAAAGACAUAAAGGACAGAGGUUCACACACCUGGACACAAUGCACUUGCCAAAAUGGAGCUCUUGGUAGCAGGACAACAUCUUUUCUUGCUGCCUUGCUGCUGAGUACAUGGAAAAUGUUGGCUAUUUAACGCUGCACAAGACAACAGCAGUCAGCUAUGUUAUCAGGCUAAACCAGGAGGUCUACAAACACUCACCAUGGGCUUUCACUCUACUGGCCCUACUGACCAUUUACCCAAUACAUCAAUACCACUCUCAUGUCUUUGUGUUCAGUACGGAGCUGGAGUCAGGACAUGGUUAGCCUAGCUUAGCAUAAAGACUGGAAGCAGGGGAAACAGCAAGCCUGGUAAUUUGUUAUUUUAGUGGUUCAUCCAUCCACCCAGCACUCCAGCACUGUAUAUAUAGAUGGACGCGUCUCAAUUUCCUGCCACUGUACAAUAAUGAAGCCAAUUAUCCCAGAUAGGCUACGGGAGCUGCCAUCUUGUAUUGGUGACGUCAUUUGGAGCCAGAGUCUGCGCAGUAGUGAUCGGGGGGCGCCUUGGAGUCUUGCUAGUUUGAGCCACCUAGCUGCUACGUUAGCACCAAGUGCCAACUGUUUGGUUAGAAAGACACACCAACGAACCAUAACAUCUCUAAAUAUGUUUAAGAUCAAAUUGACACAUGUUCUAUUACACAGACUGGUGAACUGUGUUUCAGAAGUCAAUCUGCGUGUGGAUAUGAAGACACGGCAGCCCAACAGCGCGGCUACUGUCAGUGGAGAUGUUGCUAAGCUAGCUAGCAACACGGUCAGUGACGGCAUGAACAAUAGACUGUAUAUAAAGAUCAGUCUGUUAUACAGUAUAUACAGUGAUGUUUGAAACAGUCAGUCACGGUUAUGGAAAGUUAAAGUUGAAGUUAAACUCUCUAUGUUCCUACUCUACAUACAAUUCCCGAGCUGCCAGCUCCGCGACUACUCACUCAGAGCAGCUGUCAAUUAUGAUGUGUCACCUCCUUUAUAUCAUCAAAUAACUAAUUAAAAUCAAACUUAUCAGAAAAAUGAACACUCGAACUUUCAUCAGCGUGAUAAAAUAAAA